GUGACACUCUUUGGGUAAAAGAGCUACUCGUCUUCCCUCUGGUACUUUUGCCAGUUAUCUUAAAUCUGUCUGCCUCUGGUUACCGACACACUCGCCCCACCUUGUUGUUUUCUUGGUGUUUUGUGAGCUGCCGAGUGAAAGAACAAUGUACCUCUCCGGCUGUGAGUGACCUCACAAUCAUCGCUAUGUGCCAUCGCUGGCAACGUGCCUCAGCUCUCAGAAGUUACCGUGGGGCAUUAUGAGGACCUCCCCGAGCUACUGCUGCCUCGCAAACCAUUCCAGUAACACCAGAAUGGACAUCAUGCGUCCGGCGAGGAUGAGCCUGGUGGACAUCGGCAAGAUCUUUUCCAUGUUCCAGCCGAGGAAUGACGACGACAACGGAGAAAUCAAACAACUCAGCCAAACGGUCUCCAAAGAUAAUGACCAACUCCUGGAGGAGCUUCUGUCCCAGGAGCGGUAUGUUCAAUUUAUCAACAGUCGUAGUGGCUGGGGGGUGCCAGGGACUCCUCUCCGCUUGGCAGCCGCGAAGGGUCACCUAAGAUGCCUGGAAGUCCUCUUGAAGUAUGGGGCUGAGGUGGACAGCUUGGAUGUAAAGGCUCAAACCCCUCUGUUCACCGCCGUCAGCAGCAGACACCCAUGCUGUGUCCGCGCCCUACUCCGGGCAGGAGCUAACCCCAACGGAAGCAUCCACAACAAUUGCUCACCCAUUCUCACCGCGGCCAGAGAGGGCGAAGUGGAGAUCCUGAGAGAGCUGCUGGAGCAUGGGGCAGAGGUCAACGUCAGGUCCAAGGCUCAAAGGUGGGCCUCCAAUGCCUCUGCCGGCAGCGGCCCCCUCUACUUUGCCUCUGUAUACAAGCAUUACGACUGCUUCCGACUGCUUCUUUUGUACGGGGCAGACCCAGAUUUCAACUGUAGAGAGAAGAGGCUCGUGACAAGGAUCAAGAGGCGAAAGACUGCCCUGGAAAUGUGUCUGAGGUACGGGUGUGGGCCUGAGUAUAUCCAGCUACUUAUAGACUUUGGAGCAAAUAUUUACUUACCAGUGCUCUCGGCGGAUAAAAAUACACAGCGAAAAAAAGCCGUUCAAAUCCUCAUGCGAGCCAGGGCUCAACCGAGGUGCCUGAUAUCACAGGCUCGCAUUGUCAUCCGAAGGUGCCUUAAACUGGCGAGUGGUCUACGUUCCAUAGAGCAACUGGAUGUACCACCAAUCCUGAGGAACUACCUCAAGCACCAGACUUGAGCCGACCGUAGGGGUUGAGUCGAUCAUGAAGAUAUUGCAAACCUACCCCGAUGACUUGGAGCAGGCAAGGGUCUGAGCCACACUGGUGUCGUGGUUACCUCCUCCCUCUUUUUGUAGUCUUUCUACUGGUUUGUGACCAUGUCCAACCCUCUGAUUACAAGUAGAAUUUCUUAAGUCCAACGCAUGUAGUGUUAUUCCGUACGUUAUUGUAAAGGAGUCGUUUGAUAGAACAAUGGAUUCAGGAUGAAUGAAUCUCAAAACCUGUAAAGAAUAUAUUAAUAUUAAACACAAGGCCUGAUCAAGGCCUAACCCUGC